AUGUCUGACCUCUGCCCUGUCUACGCGCCCUUCUUUGGCGCCAUGGGCUGUACCGCAGCUAUCGUCUUCACCUGCUUCGGCGCAGCGUACGGAACUGCCAAGUCCGGCGUCGGUAUUGCCGCCAUGGGUGUGCUCCGUCCCGAUCUCAUCGUCAAGAACAUUGUCCCCGUCAUUAUGGCUGGUAUCAUUGGUAUCUACGGUCUCGUCGUCUCGGUCCUGAUUUCCGACAACCUUGGUCAAAAAGACUAUGCCCUCUUCACCGGAUUCAUCCAGCUCGGUGCUGGUCUCGCUGUCGGUCUGGCCGGUCUGGCUGCCGGCUUCGCCAUUGGUAUCGUCGGUGACGCUGGUGUGCGGGGAACUGCUCAACAGCCCAGGCUCUUCGUCGGCAUGAUUUUGAUCCUCAUUUUCGCCGAAGUCUUGGGUACGACCUUCUCAGGUCCCAUCUACACUGCUCGCCGGAUCCAAGCUAAUCUAGAUUCUAGGUCUAACGCGCAUGUACGGUCACAGGCCGACUCCGGUCAGGAACGGGCAUCGACAACUGCAGAGACAAGCAAGGGUGGCCCCAUCCUGAGCCGGCUUCAAUCGCAAUUCAACAAUCUCAUCUGGGGUACCAGGCACGAGGGGACGCGGAUAAAACGGUGA